CCUGUCUUCACCUGAGGUUGUUCUGAGGAGGAAUCGCAUGUGGUUGCAGCGCAGUACACAGAAAGGAGGCAUCAGAGGCAGAACAACUGUAAAUCCUAUGGACACACAGGCAGGCUUAUGCUGACUUUUAUAUGAAGCAGUGAGUGGGAAACCUUCGACAGAACAAAGAUGAGUUAACUUAGCAGCCCGUGACUGCACUGUUGGAAGGACAGCGUGAUGUAGUGAAUCAGCGUCAAUUACGCAACAACAUUAUCUUCAGAAGAGUGAACCUAUAACAAUCUGCCUGGAUCUGAGGAGAACCUCAGCAUUCUUCACUUCCUAUAUUGAUCAUGGGGCGUCCCAAACAGCCUAUCUACAUGGUGGUGGUGCUUGGAAGCCUAAUAUCUGCCAUUUGGGGUUGGCCAUUCGGACCUCUGCUUGAUAUGGAUGUCACCCCUAGGAUAACUGUGCACAUCAAUGGGCUGCUGGGCUGUAAUCGGUUUCAUGGGGAUGCUGUGAACUACAGCUCACUGUUGCUGGAGGAUGCCUCAGGAUUUCUGUAUGUUGGAGCCAGAGAAGCCAUUUAUAAAAUGGACACCACCAACAUUUCUGCCACCAAUACCACAAUUUCUUUGGAGUGGGCAGCAUCUGCUGAACAGAAGAAACAGUGCCUGAGCAAAGGCAAAAACAAUAAGACAGAAUGUUACAAUCAUGUGCGUUUCCUGGACCGAUAUAAUGACACUCACCUGUACACCUGUGGGACUCAUGCAUUCAGACCACGCUGUGCUUACAUAGACGUGGCACGCUUCACUUUUGGACGAUUUGAGGAGGGAAAAGAGAAAUGUCCUUAUGACCCUACAAAAGGAUACACUGGAUUUAUAAUCGAUGGUGAGAUGUAUUCUGCCUCCCAGUAUGAGUUUCGUAGCAUCCCUGAUAUCAGACGCAACUUUCCCUUUCCCAACUUAAGAACGGAUGAUUCCCCAACAAGUUGGCUGCUGGAGGCGGAUUUUGUCGGCUCAGCGUUUUUGAGAGAAAGCGCCAACAGCUCUAUCGGGGACGAUGACAAACUCUACUUCUUCUUUACUGAAAAAAACGUGGAACCGACCGCUUACACCAGCCAGACCAAAGUGGCCCGGGUGGCCCGCGUAUGUAAGGGUGACAUUGGAGGUCAGAGGACUCUACAGAGAAAAUGGACGUCCUUUCUGAAGGCCAGACUGGUGUGUUCGAUUUCUGACUAUGAGCUUCAGCUAAACGUCCUACGCAGCGUUCACGUCGUCGAAGCUGCCGACAUUAACGACACCGUCUUUUAUGGCGUUUUUGGAUUUGAAUGGAGAAAUGUUAAAAUGUCCGCAGUGUGUCAGUAUUCCCUCAGAGAUGUCCAGGCAGCUUUUGAUGGACCUUACAUGGAGCUGCAGGACUCCAAAUGGAAGGAAUACACUGGGAACGUUCCAGAUCCGAGACCUGGUUCGUGUAUAACUGACCAGCAUCGAGGACUGCUCAUAAAUUCCUCUCGGGAUCUUCCCGACACCGUGCUGAAUUUUGCUCGAAAACACCCUUUAAUGUCCAGACAAAUACAGCCGGUUGGAGGACGGCCUCUUCUGUUCCAGAAAAGUGUAGAUUAUACCAAAAUUACUGUACAUCGGGUUAUGGGUUUGGAUGGACGCAUCUAUGACAUGCUCUUCAUUGGAACAGAUGAGGGCUGGUUACACAGGGCUGUAAAGAUCAGAGACCAUGUGCACAUUAUUGAUGAGCUUCAGCUGUUCGAGGAGAAACAACCAAUCAACAACCUGGUUAUAUCACAAAGACAGGAAAGUAUCUACGUGAGCGCCCCCUCUGGACUGGUGCAGGUACCGCUAUCAUCCUGCGAACGGUACACUUCUUGUUUUGACUGUGUGUUCGCAAGAGACCCGCUCUGUGGAUGGGAUGGAAGAGUGUGCGCAGAGGUAUCAUCCUAUCCUAACAGGUCCAGCCUUAUCCAGGAUGUACAGAUGGGAAGUAGAGGCUGUACAAAUAUUACAAGUGAUGGUUUUGUCACACACCGGACACGUGUGGUGAUGGCUGGAGAUGAUGUGCUCUUGCAGUGUGAGAUUCGUUCAAACCUGGCCUCUCCUCGAUGGACACUGAACGGUCAGCAGCUGCAAGGAUACGCCUUGGACUUCGGCUACCGCACCGGCACAGACGGCCUCCUCAUUAUUGGGGCCCAAGGACAGCAAAGUGGGCACUACCGCUGCUACGCGGUAGAAAAUGGCAUUUGGGUUCCCGUUCGCAGUUAUGUGGUCAAAGUGCAACCCGUGUCACCCCCCGCAUCACACCUGUCACAAAGCCCAACAGCUCUUCCUGAAAGUUUCUUUACCACUGCAACCGUACCGACUCCAAGCCAUUCCGGCGCUCCCGUCGAGCAGCUCCUUUCCCCCCCGCCUGCCCCUUUACCUUCUAGGCCAGAAUUUCAGACUUACAGUCACAUGGAAGCUAUGUAUAUUUCUCUAGUCGCUGUUCUCGGUGGGCUUUGUCUGGUUUUGACGGUGGUCCUGCUGUAUGUCAGCUUCAGCGCACGGAUUUCAAAUGCCAGAAAGUAUUCCCAGCAAGGGCUUUCUUUAGAAAGAAAAAGGAGCUCGCACUUUGAGCUCAAAACACUUUCGAGCCACUGCAACGGCAGAACGGAGGGACGGAGCAGAGCCGUGUCACGGGACGGGGAGUUUUUGCAGAUCGUGCCGGUAGACAUCCAGUCAUCGCCGAGCAAGGAGCCUCCGGUUGCCCCGCCUCUCCCGAUGCCCCCACCCCUGCCCUCUUCAGAGUACGCCAACGGACUUUCGUCCACGCUGCCCAGCAUGCUGAGAAAAAUGAAUGGGAACAGCUACAUGCUCCUGAAUCAGACUGACUCGGGGAUGACGUCGCCACUGUGCCACUCGUUCACAGAGGAACUCAACAGGAUCCUUGAAAAAAGGAAGCAUACGCAGCUGGAUGACAUCCAGCCAGAUGAGAGCUCGGUGUAGGCUCAUCUCAUGCCAUUACUAUAUCGCCCCCUUGUGGUGGGAAGUUUUGUAUAAAGAGCCACCAUCCCACCACUGAGGUUUGUGUAUUGUGAGGUUCUUCAUUGUAUUGCGACACACACCUACAGCUCAUUGACUCGGCACUUUUGAGAAUCGUCAGGUUUGGGAUCUUUGGUUUAUCAAACAAAAAUGUUUGACUGAGAGGUAUAGACUCCAGUAGACAUCAGUUGUAGCUAAUGACUCCAAGACUGUGGACCGAGCUGAAGUUUGAAGAACACUACAAGAUGGAUCUUAUAGUUUUAAAGGAUUAGUCCAUUU